CUUUCUCUCUCUCUCUCUCUCACAGAGUACUCAUUUCUUCGCAAUCUCCUCAAGAAGAUCUUCGGAUUCCAGAGAAAUGGCCAAAACACUUGGUAUUUUAGCAUGUCUUGUAAUCGUAGGUCUGGACAUAACAGCAGGGAUUCUUGGAAUCAAAGCAGAAGCAGCUCAAAACCAGGAAAAGCACUUAAGGCUAUGGAUAUUUGAGUGUAAAGAACCAAGCCAUAAUGCCUUCAUGUUAGGGUUAGCUGCAGCCACCCUUUUGGUUCUUGCCCAUGUUCUUGCCAACUUGAUCGGUGGGUGCAAUGUUUGUACUCAAGAAGAGCUUCAAAAAGCAUCUCCUAGCAGGCAACUAUCAGUGGCAUGCCUCAUUUUUGUGUGGAUCAUAUUGGCUGUGGGAUUGUCGGCCCUGGUAAUUGGGACUAUAUCAAACAACAAGUCAAGAACUUCAUGUGGGUUCACACAUCAUCAUUUUCUGUCCAUUGGAGGGAUUCUGUGCAUGGUUCAUGGCCUAUUUUGUGUCGCCUAUUAUGUCACUGCCACUGCUGCACUCGGUGAAUAAGCAAGAUCAGCAAUGGAAAUCACUCUAUAAGCUUCUUGCUUUUUGUCUAUCUCACCAUCCCUUUCAACCUAAAUGACUUUAAUUUUGUUUUUUUUUUUCGGUUUGAUUGUAAGUUGUGACUUGUAGUAUAUUGUGACACUAGAGUAAUAUUAUCCCAAAAAAAAGGGUUUGUCG